UUGAUUGGACUUUGUCGUAGCAAGUUGUAAAAACAUACAGUAGGGCAUGCAAGUAGGGGACAACAAAUGAAUUUAUGGCCGAGUCAACGCUUGAACUUCCUGUAGCGACUCCACUCACACUCUCAUAAAACAGGCUUUCAAAAUCCCAGAGGCAUAAAAGACUGACUGCAGAGGAGACUGAAGACUUCUCCCAUGGAAGCCACCGGUGCUGGCAGUGUGCAAUACAACCGGUGGAAUGAGGACAACAUCAACAUGAACGUGGAGGCGUCGCAGUCCCCCAUGACAAGGCUAUAUAUCAGAAUGUGCACUGGCAAGAUUGGCAUCAUAGUGAAGGCAGCUGGGGCUCUGGCCGCAAUAGUGUCUGUCUUCAUCUUGGGAUACGUGACAGGAUACUACGUCCAUAGAUGCUGAUGGAACCCGCAAAUAUGAAAAGGCCUUUUGGAUGAUCUCCAAAAUGUGUGCUUUUGUGCCCCCCUGAAAAAAAA